GGGUGUUCCUUACUCUGGGAAGGGAUUUAAAGCUGUCUGCCAGACCCGUGGGCUGUUAAAACAAGACAGUGCCACAAUGCUGAGCUCAGGCCUGCAAAUUCCCCCCCUCUUCCUCCUCCUCCUCCUCCUGUUGCUCACAGCGAUGGAGCUCGGCUGCUCUUUUACAGAGGAGGACAAGAAGUUACUCGUGGACCUGCACAAUCAGUAUCGUGCUAAGGUUUCCCCUCCAGCUGCAGAUAUGCUGAAAAUGGUAAGUGAGCUGUGGGCAGCCCUGGACUUUGCUGUAAUGUGGGGAUUCAGAGACUUUCUGUCUUCUUGCUCAGAAUAUUUCUCUGGAAAGAGCAACUUUGUUUGUUUGUUUGUUUAAUAAAAUGAUUGUUUAGAGUUUCCCUUUCUUUUGUGAGUCUGCAUCUAACUAAGUGACUGAGACAAGUAAGUGCAAAGCUUUUCGGUUCUAACUCAAAUGAGCACCUAGACUGGUUUUCUCUGUAGAUCUUCAUGGUGUACUUUUACAUGCCAGAUAUUUGUUAUAAGCACUGUGAUUUAUUUGUGUGUAAGGUGUUCUGUUAACUUCAGAAGUCUGUUUCCUUAAAUGAGUUUGAGCUUUGUAGAUACCCUAGCACUAAGCAUUUCACUGGAGCUUUUCAAAUGGAAGGAUCACCUGCAUUUUAUCAGCUUCCUGUGAUGAAUUAGUAUAAGUUAAAGAAGGCAGCUUGGACCCAGCCGCCACAAUUCUGUGCCUGGUUAUGAUAUCAAGCAGCUUUGUCAUUUUGGGGCAAGUUCCUUUUCCUCUGUUCCCUCCCACCCUUAUUGUUUGUACUGAGAGCGCACAGCUACUUGGAUCACAAUUCUACUAGAGCAUCAUUUGGACUUCUAUACAUACUGAAAGAAAAAAGAAAAGAAAAAAGAUCAGGCUGCACAUUUGUAACUCAUUAGUUUCAGGCGACACAAAACAGACCUCUUCCCUUUUGGUUGUGCUUCUGUUGCCGGAAACUCGGCACUCAAACAUCACUCUGGCAUGGCUGAUUACAAAUGAUUCUCCUUCCUCCAGCCCAGCUGAUGGUAGCACCAUUACUAGUGAGACCCUGUGUGUUAACAUGGUCAUCUAGUUUCAACAGGAAUCUAUUGGAUAGUGCCUGUGCCAUCAUUGUUGACAAGAUCCAUAACACCUACUUCUACCCAUCUCCACCCCCCGCAAAAAGGUUUUGUUUUAAAUUUAUUUCUUCAUUGCUGGGUUUAUUGUUUCAGCUUCCCUUCCUAUGAUGGUGUUUCAGGUUUGUUUAGGUUCAGAAAAGGGGUGGGAGAACUCACUGCUUACCUGCUUUGCAGUGAAAGCUGAAGGACCGGCACCGGCACGAUGUUUUGAUGGCGAAUGCAAUUUAUUGGAGGUAGGCUGGCCUGGCUGGGAUUGCAAGGGCCUCCUGAUUGGACAUUUUAAAUCUGAGUCCUGCCUCUUUGAACUGGAGGCAGAGGGAGGAACAAGAAAUCAGCCUGUACUGAGGGAAGGCUGGGCAAGCACAAGUGAGGAGAGAGAAAAAGGGGUUUCCCCGUUUUUGGGGGGCAGGAGAAGUGAGUCUUUGUGAAUAAAUGAAUUGAUUGUGGAGUUUGCCAGUGAGAAAUGUGGAAUUAUUUUUUUCUUGGGGGGGGGGGGAAAUGAUCUGGAGAAUUAAUGUUUGGGUCUAGAAUUGCACCUCUGCCUUGUACUUUUUGUGGUCUUCAGUAAGUAACUCAUCUGCAUGUAACCCAGACCUCUUAAGAGUCAAAGUAGAUGGAAUAUGGGAGGUCUGUCAACUGAUUUCCCGAAUAUUGACUCUCUUUGAGAUUUAUAAAGCAACUGUGGGGAGGAAAUCAGAGCCGCAGUGUGGUUGGGAGGCAGGUUAAACUUUGCUCCUAUGCCUGUAACUACCGGUAAAUCUAAACUGUCGUCCUGCCGCUGGUAUUAGCAAUGGGUGGGGAAGGGGGUAUAGGCAAGCCCCUCCCUGGUGUCUGCAUUUAAGUGUUGACCCAUUGGGAUCUCCCACAUCGCAUCUAGGGUGGCUCCUGCAGUGGCUGGCCAAAUGUGUCUGUGAUGUUUUCAGAGAGGACGUGGGGGAAAGAGCACAUAACUCUAUGCUGCCUCUGAACUUAGCUAUCCCAUUUAGCUAGCAUAGCUGGCAGGUGAUGCUUCCAUGGCUGGAGCAGGUAGGAGAAGCUUUGGAGGAACCUGGGUGAUGGGAAUGGCUUAGCAAGGUAAGCGGGGGAUGACUUUGAACAGCAUCUCUUCUUGGCAGCAACGGCUGCCCCCAUUAUGAUACAGUUUUGUGUACAGAUGACAAACCUUUUUUCAAAUAUAAAAAUUAACCCAAAGUUAGACUCACAUUCAGUGUGAGUGAUAAGUGACGGGAUGACAAAUGAUCACCAGCCUUAAUUGGGUUUAUCACUUUUCUCAGCUUCUCUGUGAUGAGAUUAAUCAUACAACAGAAAACAGGUCCUUAGAUUCGUGUUAGCUAAGCAAGAUAUGCAACGAUCAUGUUUAUUUUAUUUAUGGCAUUUGUACCCUGCCAUUUAGCCAAAAAAAAACUUCUCAGAGCUGCUUACGAAAAUCAGUACUAAGACAGAGCCUGCCCUCGGGCUCACAAUCUCUAGAAAGGCAUGACACACAAGGAAAAAGGAUUGAGGGGGAGGAGGGACAAGCAAGCUCCAGCACACGCACUUAAACAUACAGCCAACAAAAAUACCUUCAAGAAUAAACUGACCCUUAGUUACUUUGUUGUUGUUGCUUAGUGGACCAUAUUUGCUUGGGGCAGAUUCACACACAGGCUAAAAUUUUACUGCACGUAUUCCCCCACAUGGUGACUCAUAGCUGAAAAUAUGAACUGUCUCCUGUCAUUGCAAAAUACUGGAAGCCACGGCAGACGUCACCUGAUGCUACAAACAUACAUGGGUGGGUGCCUUCUUUUAAGCACAAGUGUAUAGGUACAAUAUGAGUUAGAAGUUCAAUAAAUACUGAACUAGUCAGAAAAACAAAUUUUAGCUAAAUGCUGUUGAAUUGUGAAAUAUGCUGGCUUUAUUCAGCAUAAAAACAACUUUUAAAAAGACAUUUCAAGUGCAUUGUACGUCUUGGGCAUUUCUAGGCUGAUACAGAUGGAUUUAAUUUUAUUUCACUUUUAUACCUCAGCUGUGUCUGUAUUAAUCUUUUCAUGGUUCUUGUACAUAUGCAUAUCUUUCUGAAAUACUGCAAUUGUUUUCUUUAAAAAUACUGAAUUUUCUGAAUUGUACAAGCAUAUCCAUACACAUCCUGAUACGUUUGAUACUUUAAGGAGGCUGGAGCUUGAGAUAAGAUCGUGUAGUUGCCUGUUGCAGGAUGCUAAUAAUACUUUAUUUUAAAAGUAAUUAAAAUAUUCUACAUCACUUUUGGGUGCUUUAGAAGAAAAGAAAAUACAAUUCAAAGCAAUAACAGAAUUAAGCCAAACUUUUAAAACCAACAUUAAAAUAAUGUCAAAACCCAGCCAGAAUAAAAAUGUUUUUACCCUCGUUCCAAAACAAAACUCACCAGGGAUGGGGGCAGGUCUAACCUCCCUAGGGAAGGAGAUCCAUAACCAGGGUGCUGCCACCAACAAGGCCCUGUCCUAUGUUUUCACCAACCUUCUGGUGGUGGGCUUAGCUUUUCCCAAAAAAAGCCAGCAGAUGAGCUCCACCAGGUGUCUGUGGUGAGUGACUGUAGGGGUGCAACCGAAACACAAAAAGAACAGCUCUGAUUGAAGAGGAUAACUAGUAAGAGUCUAAAACUUUUUAGAGGUUUUCUAACCUAGUGCUCUUCCAAGUGUUAAUGGACUACAACUCCCAUCAUCCCCAGCCACUGGCCAUGCUGUCUGGGGCUGAUGGGAGUUGGAAUCAUGCAACAUCAGGAGGGUCUGAGGUUACCCAUUCCUGCUGUAAGAUUUCUGCCAAGAACCAUUCAUAGCCCUUUAAUUAGAUAUGUCCUCCUGCAGUUGGUGUGUGGGUAUGUGGUUCUCUCAGUAAGUGGAGCACAAACAGUAAUGGAGCAUGGAAUGUGGUGUGCUUUUUCCUUAAGUGAUUUCCUGUAGCAGGUCAUGGAUUUAUUUAUUUUUAAUGAUAGCCCACUUUCCCUCUGUUCUUGAGCUCAGAUCAGCUAACAACAAGACAUUUAAAAUAAUACCCUGUCAAUAAACCAGACCCAUAAUCAGACAGCAAUAUAUAAUCAAUCUCGGCGGAACGAUAGCUAGAAAAACAUCUGUCUUCUCCUAAAAAACCACAUUUAGCCAGCUGGUGGAAUGCAUAUAAAGAUGGGACUGGACAGAUCUCAGCAAAGACAUUUCAAUGCAUUGGUGCCAUGACUGAAAAGACCCUGCUUCUUGUACCCACCCACCCCAUCUCAGUUGUGGCUUCUGAUGUCAACCAGAAAACACUGGAGGGAACAUGCAGAGAAAGGCAGCUCUGCAGUACCCAGGCCUUGUAAGCCAUUUAAACCUUAAGGUAAGAAGUAGUAGCUUUAAAACUGGAAGCAGUUGCAGAUCAACAACUACCAGAACAAUGUGCUCCAUCUGGCCUUCAGCAGGACGCUGUGAAAAUGUGAAGAACUACUCGUCUGGACGGACCCUUUGGCUUUUUAGUGGAACAAAACGUGCUGAUGUGUAUAUAUUUUGUUUCACUUCUGGCCUGAAGAGUAGGAAAGACCUGCUGAUGUUGUGAGGCUGCUUCCAAGCUGAAGACUUUUGAAAUUAUCAGGUGUGUCUCAGGAGUCUCGUGUCUGAUUAUACUUGCAAUACAGAUGAGAAUCGUGCUGAUGGCUGCUAGUCCAAAAAAUGAACUAAUCGGGUUCUGCUCAGGUGACAUGGCAACUGUGGGGCUUAAACAAUUUCAGUUAUGUCAGCCCCUGUGCUAUACUUCCUAGAUGUAUCCUGUGUGGUAGUACUAGUACUAGUACUGCUUCUGGAAAUGCUCCUUCUCUCUAUUCAAAAUGUGGAUGCUAAAAGUUACCUCCAUCUGCUUCAGGCUUCUCCCUAUGCUUCCCACCCCCCUUUAACAUCAGACUUGUGGUCAGUUUCUUCUGUUCCCAACCCCCUCUCCUCUUCUCUGAAGUCACACUUUUCAAUUUUGUUUGGAUCAGCAGAACUGGUUGCCUUGGAAAUUUAUAUAUAUACAUUAAGCUAUGUCUGCCAAACUAUAUUCUAAUGGAACAAGAAAACCAGCUGUUGGAUCCUUAUAUAUGGAGUCUGGCUCUGGUUCACAAAAAGGGGAAUAAUAAACUCAAGUUGGACCUGCCAUUUCAGCCCCUCCCAAAAAUUAUACAGAGGGCUGCCCCAGAGGGGGAGGAAUUAGUGUCCCAGGAACUGACCUUCUGUUCUUCCAACCUUUCAAAGCUAUUUUGAUCAAGAAAAAUGAGAAUGAUUGCACCACAGACCUAAUAGCUUUAAUGGUAACACCUUCUCCCCAGAAAACUAUACUCUAGACCAGUGGUUCCCAAUUAGCGAAGUACUGUGGGCCCCUUGUUUUUCAAAAGCCAAGCCAUGGACUCCCUACUUCUGAAAAUGUUUUUGUUAUGUGAAUGGUGCCCCGGACCCCCAAUUGGGAACCAUUGAGCUCUCCAAGGUCCCCAAAUCUGACAGCCUUGUUUGCAAAUGGCCAAUUGGUGUUGCCUUCAGCAUUUUGGGCUGGGCUUAUCUUUUAGCAGUAGCAGUAGGACCUUUCAUUCCUUUUCAAAAUUUUACUUUUUCACCACCACAGAUGGCGGGAGCAGACCUUCCCUCUUGAUCCAGAUGUCAUGUUUAUUACCAUAGAGUCUGGUAAAUUGAAGGAACUGGGCUUGGAGACAACCUUGGUAGUUUGGAAGAUCCUUCUCAAAAUGUCCGGCCAGCCUCCCAAAUCCCCAGCUUCCUCUGCCAGCACAGAUCAAAAUCCAAGUGUGAAGUCCACCUGACUUAACUGCCUCCUGCAAGCGUGCCAAAGCUUUCUCCAGGAUCAAAAGGGGAGGGGCGUCAUAAUAUUGUUUAAGUGAAGGGAUAUGUUGUACUAUAGGGACGUGGGUGGUGCUGUGGGUUAAACCACAGAGCCUAGGACUUGCCGAUCAGAAGGUCGGCGGUUCGAAUCCCCGCGAUGGGGUGAGCUCCCAUUGCUCGGUCCCUGUUCCUGCCAACCUAGCAGUUGGAAAGCACAUCAAAGUGCAAGUAGAUAAAUAGGUACCACUGUGGCGGGAAGGUAAACGGCAUUUCCAUGCGCUGCUCUGGUUCACCAGGAGCGGCUUAGUCAUGCUGGCCACAUGACCCGGAAGCUGUACGCCGGCUCCCUCGGCCAGUAAAGCGAGAUGAGCGCCGCAACCCCAGAGCUGGUCAUGACUGGACCUAAUGGUCAGGGGUCCCUUUACCUUUUAUGUUGUACUAUGGGAGGGGAGUGCUUUCAGGUCCAGGGCAGUUGUAAUAGCCAGUUGAAGAACUGCACGUUCUGUAAUACUCUGUGCUACUGUAUUAUAGCAGGCAGGAAGUGAGGACAUGGCAGGCAUCUGUGGUGGUCUUGGAAAGGCUCAUAGGUGCUAGGUGCUGCUACCAGCACUGCAUUCUGAAUAACCUGCAUUGUGGAUGCAGCAGCCAAAACAGGAACAUAAGGCAGGCAUUGGCAAACUCCGGCCCUCCAGAUGUUUGGGACUACAAUUCCCAUCACCCCAAGCUAACAGGACCAGUGGUCAGGGAUGAUGGGAAUUGUAGUCCCAAACAUCUGGUGGGACGGAGUUUGCCUAUGCCUGACAUAAGGCAAUGGGGGUGGGCACUGUGGGCCUAAUUAAGAAAGUUGUUUUUUCCAAACCAUGCCCACAUAUGACAUCAUAUAUGACAUCAGGUCUCAUUUGAAGUCAGAUCAAUCCAGGUUUGCACUUUGAGAAACAACCUGUGAACCGAAAUGCAGCUAGCCUUUGAAAUUUGCACGUAUCUGAAUUUUGCUAUGCAGUUCACCAACCAAACAGUAUUUUAAAAAUAAAAAUACAUAUAUUAGGGGAAAGUGUGUGUAAAAAUGAAUAUAUUGAUGCAAAUAGCACACAAGAAUGCAUGAGAUUAGGAAAAAAUGCUUGCAAAAAUGUGCACAUUAGUAAAAAAAAAAUGCAUAUAAAAAUGCGUAUAUUAGGAGAAAUCUGCACCAAAAUGCUGAUGAUUUUUUAUUUUAAAAAUCCUCAAUUGCUGCAAAAUGUGGAGAACUGGAUUUAAGACUGGGAAAAUGGGAAACGGAGAGAACCACAACUGAGAGCGCCUUCCAUCCUUGUAGCAGAAUGAGGUGGGAAUGAAGUGGCAAGUUCUAAAGCAGUCUUUGACAACCUGGUGCCCUUCAGAUAUUUUUGACUCUAUCUCUCAACAGUCACAGCCACAGCCAGCAUGGUUCUGGGGGCUAAGCUUGAUGAAAGCGCUAGUUCAGAACAACUGGAAGGCACCAGGCUGAUGAAGAUGGUUCUGAGAAUGGGUUAUGUCACUCCAGACUACAGGUGGAAGAACCACUUUUUACAACAGAUCUUUGAAUAACCACCUCCCUGCAAAUAAAAAACUAGCACAUAAAGGAACUUGAACUUUUACCCUGACAGGCUACCUUUUUAUUGGCAAAAAGUUUUUGUUUUUUUAAAAACUUCCACAUGUUGAUGCAUUCAAAAAUGGUACUUUCCAUGAAGUGAUGCAGGGUUGACACAGGAGAGUCCAUGCUAGCAGCUCAGAUUUCUACCGUUCUGCUGUAUUUAUAUGCUAAGUCUCCAUGUAUUCCUAUGGGAGUUUGAAAAUUCACAUCUGCAAUGCAGGACUGUGAAGAUUCCUGUUCUGCUUCUGUAUGUGCUCCUUGGCAUCCUCAAAAGUCAUGCAACAAAAACCUCCCCACAGAGGUGUGUCUGGCAUCUUCAUUACACAUGUUUUGGCAAAUGCUGAUAACACACCCCUUUAUCCUGGCUUUUGACCCUUGAGAUGCAUAUUUUUAGGACCCACCUUGUUUCUGUGCUUGUCAGCUUUUUCAAGCUGUUUUCAAUUAUUGUAACCUACCCUGGGACAUUUGGGUGAAGGCUGGGCAAUAAAUUAUAACAAUAAAAUAUCAUAUGAAAUAUUAACAUAGAGAGCAUUGAAAUGUUGUUGUUGUUGGCAUCCAUCUGUCUCGAGAGACAAUGGAAUGCACUUCCGGGGGUGAAAUCAAACCACUGAAAAAUCAAAACGGCACUGGAGUGACCGCCUGAGGGUGUGUGGAGGUCCAAAGGGAAAGCAGAGCAAUACGUUUGGCACCAGCUUCGCUGCAGGAGUUGCCGGAAGGAGACAUACAAGGCACCAUCCAACCAUCUUAGGGACUCAGCUCCAGAUUUGUGCGGGGUUUACACCGGGGUCAGCAACCUUUUUCAGCCAUGGGCCGGUCCACCGUCCCUCAGACCAUGUGGUGGGCCGGAUUAUAUUUUUUGGGGAAAAAAAUGAACGAAUCCCGAUGCCCCACAAAUAACUCAGAGAUGCAUUUUAAAUAAAAGGACACAUUCUACUCAUGUAAAAAUGCGCUAAUUCCUGGACUAUCUGCGGGCCAGAUUGAGAAGACGAUUGGGUUGGAUCCAGCCCCCGGGCCUUAGAUUGCCUACCCCUGGUUUACACCUUAGUCUUUUCUUCUCCCGGAGAUAUCCCUCAAGGCAGCAGAGGUUUAGGAUCAGAGUUUUCCUUCUCUAAAAUUCACGUUGUGGUUACUGUAAUGCACUCUAUCUGGGGCUUCCCUUAUACUUGAUCCUGAAGCUGCAAGUUAGUAGAGGGCAGAGCGGUUGCUCACAGGAGUGUGACCUUUUCUGCGUAUAUUGCCUCUGCUCAGAGAUCUGCACCGCUUGCCCAUUUGCUAAAUUGUUGGAAUAUUCUGCACGGUUCAAGCUGUUGCCCCUCCGAAAAGGAUACUGUAGGACAGGGAAAGGUAUAGAUGAGGGCAGCCAAAGUGAUCCAGCAGCUGGAGCAGCUCUCCAGCAAGGAAAGGUUACAAUUUUUGGCACAAUUUAGUUUAGAGAAAAGUGGGGACAACUUAGAGGUGUAUGAAUUCAUGCAAGGCUAUUGUCUGCAUGUCCUGUUUGUGGACUUUUUAGAACAAUCUGGUUGGUCAUUUUGGGUAACAGGAUGCUGGACUAGGUAGGCCCUUGGCCUGACUCAGCAGGGCUCCACCCCCCACCUUCCUCCACAUGGUCAUAGUCAUACAAUUCCAUUGUGCAUUGUUCUAACUCUGUGCUGAGAUUCCCACCCUUCAGUCUGCAUUGUUUUGUAGAACUCCCCAAUCCUGCCUGUCACAUUGGAAAGCCGAGAGGAAAUUCGGUGUGUUGAGUUCAACAAAACCUGCGGCCAGAACAGGGUGGGAAAUUCACCAUAGGGAUGCUGGAUUCCAUGUCAAGAAUAGCUUCACGCUUGAAAGCGAAGUGGAACCAAGACCGUUUCUCCUCUGCCUCCACCAAAGCAAAUUUCUCUCUCCUCCUGACCAAAUAGAUGACACACCAUUCCUUGCGGCAAAUGGCUCGCUCCAAGAUGUCUUAGAGGGGUGGGCCUCAGAAUUUGUUAGUCAAGGCUGUCUCUUGCUGUUGCUUGACUGUUUUGGAUGGCAGCGCAGAAGCCCUGGCAGCUCCUUUGAAGAAGAAGAAAACAUUGCCUCAGUUUUGUACUGUAACCUUCCCUAACCGCACUCUCUUGUACGUAAACGCACUCUGCUCUUCCUGCUUAGCAACUGCUGCUGCUAAAGUAGCCUGUGGAGCUCAGCUGGAUAAGAAGGGACUGUCUAUCACAGCACUAGAGGGAUCUGCUGGCAAGCAGCUGUUGGUCUCUGUUAAGUAACAAGCUUUCCAGAUGUUUGCAUUGGCUCUGGCCAAGCACAGCUGUUAAACUGGGCAUGACUUUAUCCUCACAGUAGGGAGGAGUUCUGCAUAUUUACUGUACCUUCCUCUUAGCAGGGUUGUAAGGGAGAGAGGGGGCUUUGGACCUCAGCUCUGCUACUGGCCUCCGAACCCAUCCUGCACCUUACGCCAAAUGAGGUGGUAGGCUGUGAGAGUCCUGGAUGGCGGCCCUCUCCCUGACGUGCUAGAUUACGACAUCUGGGAAGCAUUUUUUAACGCUCCUCCGUAUAAAAUCCUCACAGAGGAUUUCAGAAACAACUGCCUUGUGAGGAAGAGUAGCAAACAAUCUGCUCAGAGAGUGGGAAGUGGUGGAGUCAGCUGCCCACCGCACCAGGUCUACCUCUAGUGACAGGAGCGAUAAGUAGCUGGCAGGUUCCAUCUGGUCACCCAGAAGGCCAAAGCCUCACCCUUAUGAAGUCAGCAAAUUCUGGCUGACCAGGAAGGUUGAGUCACUAGACUAUUUCUCUGGGGUCUGACAGGCCUGCCUUUGGAACUCCGAGAAGCCCUUUUUCAUCUUAGCUGGCUGUUAUAAGAUCUUUUGUAACAUUAAGAAUGUUGUGCCUUGGUUUGCUUGUUUUUCCUCUUCCCUCCUCAUCCCCUUUUCCUUUUGUGUCAUGAAGGCAGAGACGGUGUCAUUUUUGUUGACAUAAACCACUCUGGGAGCAUUUCUGGAUGAAGAACAGGCUAUAAAUGCAGUUAAUAAAUAAUAAGUAAAAUUUAAAAAACCAAUUCUUUGUAAUAAGCUAGCUCAUCAGAGUGAGGACAGCACUAAUUCUAUUUUGCUGGUGUAGUAGUUUAUUGCAAACCAAGAGUUGCAGCCUUAAAAAAAUGUAAUCUCCAACUUGCAGUCUAGAGUGGCUGCCCCAUAAUUUUAGCUCUUCAUCCUGCAUAAUGUUUAAAGCUCCCUGGCUUAAAAAUGUUUUGCCACAUCUAAAAGAGUCAACUGAACACCAAUGUUUUGCUACUUUAAAUUUAUUUAUUUAGAUAAAUGAAUAUACAGUAAUCUGCAAGGUUGGGAAGCAUCUUGUGCUGUCUGUGGUUCAACCAUUUCAGCAGUAAAGCAAUUCUGCAAUAUUUACACUAUGGAUAUAGCAGACAGAUUCACCUUGGACUGGUAUUUGCAAAGGCACCUGAAGAGCUCCAGUGUUCUCCAAAUAGCCAGAAAUGAUUGUGAUUGUGCCUUAUAGAUGCCUUGAACCACUCAGAGGUCUCUAAACAAGUGUGCUGCUGCUGGAUACACUAGAUAAUUAGGAAGGGUACAUGUGAAAACCAUUUAUAACUGAAGCUGGAAAAGCUGCCUUGAGGACUGACUCCCAUUUUUCCUUCUGAUGACAACAGCUCCCUCGCCUUGGGCUGAGCUCCAGACCUUCCUAUUGCUAGGCCGGCCAGGCACGCUGACCAAAUUCCAGUGGGAAGCACUCCUGCGAUUGGCCUGUGUGAGAAGCCGUUCUGCGUGAUGGUGACGUCCUGCUUUGUCCUAAUUUCAGAGUUGGGAUCCAGAGCUGGAAGCCUUUGCCAAGGACUACGCAACAAAAUGCAUCUGGGAACACAAUGCGGAGCGCGGACGGCGAGGCGAGAACCUCUUUGCCAUGUCUGGCGACCUGGAUGUGACGAUGGCGGUGGAUGAGUGGUACAACGAGUACGCCUUUUAUAAUAUGACAACAUUAACCUGCCAAGAAGGGCAGAUGUGUGGUCACUAUACACAGGUAUCUGAUUAUAUCAGUGGUUUUCAACCAGUGUGCCGUAACACCCGGGGUGCUUUGAAUGAUGGUCAGGGGUGCUGCGGGCAACACUGGCCUCUGUCCAUCUUUCCUUUCUUCCCUUCCUCCUCUGAUGCCCUCUCAGGUCUCUGCCUCCCAAAAGCUUGCACAGCUGUUUGUUGUAGCAGCCCUGGCUACAAGCUGUGCAGGCAAGUGGUACCUCUGGGGCUGGCCAAAGGGUGCUGGUUGCCAGGAGCUGAGGCAGCCUUGGAGUAAGCAAGCAAGCAGGCGAGGGAGCCUAGCCCUUGCUGUUGGGAAGGGACAGACAAGUCCCAGGCCCCUGUGGGGCAGUGUGUUUUUCUUUUUCCUUUCCUUCCUUUUUGUAUUUUAUUUUAUUUUGAAUAAUGAAUGGAAUAGCUGUAAUAUUUAAUAAAAUCAAUAAAGAUAUGGGGGGGGGAGACAAGUCCCAGGCCCCUGUGGGGCAGUGUGAGGAGGCACCUCUCUUUGGGGUGGGGGCAGUACAGAGAACCAGAGGUGGCAGCAGCAGCAGCAGCGUCUACCCAGAGGACUCCCAAGGAGAGGAGGCUGAGGGAACCCCUCUGGAUUACGUCAUCCUGGGAAGAGCUGAGGGUAAAGCCUGGGAAAUGGUAUUAGCCAUGAUGGCUGUGUUGUACCUCCUCUGUCAGAGGCGAUGUGCCUCUGCCAGUUGCUGGGGAUUCACAAGGCUUUCCACAGGCAUCUGGCUGGCCACUGUGAGAACAGGUUGCUGGAGUAAAUGGGUUAUUGGCCUGGUCCAGCAGGCUUUUCUCAUGUACAGUGGUACCUCAGGUUAAGAACUUAAUUCGUUCUGGAGGUCCAUUCUUAACCUGAAACUGUUCUUAACCUGAAGACCACUUUAGCUAAUGGGGCCUCCUGCUGCUGCCGCACCACCAGAGCACGAUUUCUGUUCUCAUCCUGAGGUAAAGUUCUUAACCCGAGUCUGUAACCUGAAGCGUCUGUAACCCAAGGUACCACUGUAUAUCCCCACAUCAUUACUAAAAUGAGCAGACUCUGUCGUGAUGGGGCUCCAUUGUUUGGGUCCAAAAGGUGGAGGGUAUCUUGGCUUCAGUUUUAAUUCGUGGCUGAGAUAGCAAUAAAGACGUCACCCACGUAGUCCCAUGGGUUGUGCUGCCAUCAGGGGACCAGCGGCUUCCAUACAAAUGCUUCAAGACUAGGGUGGCAGUAUCUGUCAAUUCUUUUUCUGACUGCAAUAGCAAAUAGAACUUGCUCUUCCUUACUGCUGUAGGUGGUCUGGGCAAGUAGUGAGCGUGUGGGCUGCGGGACGGUGUUCUGCGAAACUCUGGAAUUCCUGAAUGACACCGACAUGCAUUUGGUAGUCUGCAACUAUCAGCCACCGUAAGUUUCAUUUUGUUGGGGCCGGGGUGUUUUUUCCUGAGUGUUUUUUGCCUGGCUGGAAUGUGUGCUUUGAACCAUGUUGAUUCUUCCUGCUUGUGCAGUUGCUGCAAUUUAGUUUCAACUGUUUUUGAUGUUUUAUUUUACAUUGCUGUGACCCGCCCUGAGUUCUUCUGGUGAAGGGUGAGUGGGUGGUAAUACUAAUAAUAAUGCAUAGUACCAAAUUUCCCAAAACUAUGGCAGUGGCAAGAAGGUGCCCCCCUUAGUCUUAGCAGAUAGGGAGGUCUGUUAUGGGAGAAGGCAUUUCACCAAGUGUCCAGAUCCUAAGCCAUGUAGGGUUUUAAAUAUCACUACAAGCACUAUGGGUGGGGGGAGAAAUUCAAUCCAGUUUGCAUUUACAAGUGAAUCUCCCCAACCCAAACCCAGAUGCCUUUUGCAAUUUGCAGUUCUCCUAAUUUUGCAAUGCAGUUUACAGCCAGGUAAUGCACAUACUGAGGUUAAGCGUACAUAAAAAUGCGUAUUUUAGUCAAAAUAGCAUAUUAUAGAAGGGAAAGUUGGUUUACAAAAAUGUGUACAUUGAGCAAAUUUAAUAAUGUGUACAUUAGGAGAAAUGCUCAUGAGGACUUUUUUUUUUUGGUGGUGGUGUGGGGGGUGGAAUCACAAGCUGAUAUGGAAGUGUGAAGGACUGAUGAGGAGGAAAAUGAGAAACUGAGAAAAACUGAAACUGACAGAUUCAUCUGUUUCCCCCUCCACCCAAAGCACAGUAGCAUAUUGACAGUCAGUACAACUCCUUCAGAACUGUUGCAUUAUGUUCUUGGCAGCUUGGCUGCAGAGUUUUGCUGUUCUCUCAUCAUUUGGGAGGGGGGUCAUAGAAUUUAUUGUGAACAAGGAACUAUAGCAAGGAGAGUCCAAGUGGAGCCUUCCAGUUAUUCCACUCCCAUCAAGACCAGGCAGCAUGGUAAGAGAUUAUGAGGGCUGCUCCCCAUCAUUAUCUGGGGUAGGUAAGUGGACACCAUAACAGCAAUAGUUACAGAUCAAGGUAGCAAACAGUUACUUGGAAUUCAUUGUAUGUGUACUUCUGACAGGAGUUAACAGGUACUGUAAAUAUACAAGAUAAUGAAGAUCCACUUCAGGAGUCAACCUUACUUAAACUGCAGUUACUCUUGGCACCAGGUUUUUGUAUUAAUUCCAGGAUUUACAGAUCUGUGAUGCUGCCGCUUCUGAAAAUGGGGUCAAAUUGGUCAGUAUGUUCCCGAUAAACUUUGUCCUCUCUCUUCCCUUACCUCAUUUUAAAAUGGCAACUUCCAAUCAUCUUCAUAAGGUCUACUGGCUGUAGAAUCAAGGACAAAAGAGCCACAAACAGGCACCAAAUAGUUGAUGCCUUUUGGCAGUCCCUCAAAGCAUCCUCUUUAGCUGAGCUGGCCACCUUCCAUCUUCCGAGUGAAGCUGGGAAGGUAGUUACAUGCUGGAGAGGUGAACUCUUGGCAAAAGCCAUCAACGGUCAUCAUAGAGUGUUCUUAGGUGCAGCUGUCAAUGUGAAGGAGCAACAAAAUGUUAUGAAAUUCUUAUUUCUAUUGUGUCAAUGCUCUCCUUCCUUAGGGAAAUGCCUAGUCCUUUUUUGAGUAAUGCCUGGGUCUUUUCACUUCCAGGGGGAACAUAAAGGGACGCAAACCGUACAAGGAAGGGGCUCCAUGUUCCAUGUGCCCAGAUGGCUAUUCCUGUAAGGACUCUCUCUGUGGUAAGUGAGUGGAACUAGAGGAGCCAGGAGAUAAGGCAGAUAGCUCCUUAUCUGCACCCCAAAUUAAUGCCACUCAGGAUUACCGUGAAAUAAAUUUCCACUGGCUGACAGGUGCAGAUUAUCCAGCCGCCUAGGAGUGUAGUGAUUUCCUUGGCUGCCUUCACCCAAUGAUUAUCCUUGUCAAAGCUGUUCCCCAACAGGAGAAGUAAAUUCCUUCUUCCCUCUUGUUUUGCUGCAGGAUGGGCAAAAAUGCUUGGAGGAACAGUUUCCCUUUCAGCUGCAAACACCUGUCUCCUGCCUUCAGUGCACCACCAUUAUAAACAAGGACCUGCCAGCAUUAAUCCCCUUCCUCUCCCAGGGUGAUGACAGUGUGUUUAAAACAUGCUAGCUUCUCUUGUCCUUACCAUAGCACCAGGAGGUGGCACUUUGGCUUUUAUGAAUACAUGCAGCACACACACACCUUGAGUCUAUGCACGCUAGAGGUCUUAGCCCUUAUUGGUCCCCAGAUGGAUGGUUAGGUCACUCCAUGCAAACACAGGCCAUGUACACCUUUAAAGCACAUUUGGAACAGGUUCUUUCCCUCAAAGAAUUCUUUUUUUAAAAAAUAAUUUUUAUUAACCGGCCAAUCAAAUCAAAUCAUAUCACAUCACAUAAAUUCCGAAUUACAAAGCCGGAUUUAAAAUUUUUGUUGGGGGGACCCAUAUUUCAAGUUCCGAAGGGGGAUUCCGAUCAUCUUCUUGCUGCUGCGUUAAUAUCCACAAAUCUGUCCGAAUAAUGUUCAUAAUUCUAUCCAGUCUUAUCUUGCUGUUUCCACAUCUCAUCUUGUUCGUAUAUUUUUCUUUUUUUCUUUAUGAUCUCUUCUGAUAAUCUCCUUAAGCAGGUAAACACCAAUUAUAAUCCUGUGUGAAUUUUUCCGUUCGUCCAAUCAUCAUAUCAAGAUGGUUUCCAUAUAUCAUCACUUUCAUAAAUAACAGCACUCUUUCCAUCAUUAAUCUCGCAAAUCUGUCGCUCUUUAGUCCCUCUGAGGAGGCACACCCACAAUAUAAAAACAACUCUGUUCCUCCUCCCAGACUCAAGUCUUCCGACAGAACUUGCCAAAAUGGCAACGGUAUUUUUUGCUGCGUCAUUCCAAAGCUCUUAUGCUUUCCACGAUCUUCUUGAAACAUGCUUUGGUUAGAAAAUUAUCUCUACACAGUCUUAAAUCCACAGCUUAAGUCAUUUAAACGGCAUUUAUGACUUGUGACUUGUGUGUGUGGGGGGAUUCUUGGUUAAUCACAUAGAGAAAAGAAAGGAAAGUUCCCCCCCUCCCCCAUCCAGUCCCGUUGCCGAACAUACCGAGCCUUGGUGUGUCUUCUCAUGAUUUAUUCUUGUUCCUCCGACCCGUCUUGUUUAUCAGAGAUCUCUUCAGUUAGCAGUCUUUACUCCCCCUUCUUCCUUGAAAUAUGUGCAUUAGCUUCCUCCUAAUUGUUUCUUUUGAAGUUGCUGCAGCUAGAGGCGCGAAUCAGAGACAGCGUCCAGGAGCGCCGAGAUCCGCACAAGGGCUUUCUGCCUAGGGCCCCCACCCCCACAAAUUCGGGGGUGGUAUAGGGCACAGCAGGCAAGGGCAGUCCCCCCCCACGCUUGGGGGGGGCAGGGAGGCUGUUUACUCCCAUCACAGCCUCUUAAUUACCUUGUGUGGGUCGGAGAGAUGUUAUUGUCAGCCAUCUCCCGAUGCGCCCCUAGUGGCCCCCCUCCCUCAAAGAAUUCUGGGCAUUGAAGUUUACGAAUUGACCAUUGGCUGCCCUCUAAUGCUGCUCCAUCUGCAACAGACUUCCUCACCCUAAUAGUAGGGAUGGCACUGGAAGCCAUGACAUUCCUUUCAUGCAUUCUGUCUCUGCUUGGGGUGUCUUAUGUCUUGAGUGCUAUGCUAUAUGGCAUUUCACUGAGUUCUGCCCAAGAUGUUUUGCACCUUUGGGAGAAAAUUCAAAUGACAUUCCAGUCCAAGUUAUGAAGAAAUGGAUGGCAAUGUGCUGCCCUUUAACGGCAUCUAGAAUCUGCUGCCUGUGACCCUGGCCACACUUGGUUUCAAAGUAGGGCUCACCUUCUGUGCAAAAGUGAAAUAUCAGCCUUCCGUUCUCACUGGUUUUCUGGGAGGAGGGUGCGGCUUUGUGCAUCUGUUUGCUGAUUGUUCUGCUGGUCUCUCUUUUUGCCCACCAGAAUCCGGUGUCGACGUGGGAGACGCCACUGCAUCGCCUAAGCCGGAGCCAACGGCUGUCUUGACUGCAAGCCCAGCUCUGCAAACUACACCAGAUUCAACACCUGAUACGCCAGACAGUCCACAAACAGGAGCAGAAUCUGAAUCCCCAACAGCUGAAGGGCCAACCUCUUCACUAGAGCUAACUUCAGACUUGUCAAACUCAGACGCAACUGUUUCCUCUUUGGUGACAAUGGGAGCUACAACUCUUCGUCCUGCCUCCCCAGAAUCAAGAACUGAAAAAGCCACUUCCGCAGAAUUUCCUUUGUCCGGUGGCUUAGCCACACCUGAAGCCACCAUUAAAAAACCUGAGCCACCUUCAACUCCCCCCACACCAGUGCAUUCUACCCCCAAGUCACCCUUGGUCCCUAAACCUGCAUCCAUCCCUAAACCUCCAUCGACAGGUAAACCUCCCUCCAUGCCCAAACCCCUUUCAGCCCAUAAGCAUCCCUUCUUCUCCAAGCUACCCGUCCCAAAGAAGCCUCCCGUCUCUAAAACACCUGCACGCCAUCGCUUGUCAGCUUACUCCAAAGCAAUAAACAAGCACAGCAAUGCUGCUCAGGCCUCUGCAGAUAAGGUACCUGUUCACAACACUGCAGCUAAGGCAGCUUCAAUCUCGGUCUGCCUGCCUUGCCUUGGAUGCAAACAGAUUAGCCACCAUGAAGAAAUAAAGACUGCGCUUAAAGAGCUGACUUCCAGGUACCCCUAUGCUCCGUGCUUUUCCCCGCUUCCCCGGUGGCAGAGGCAUAGUAAGUGGGGCAAUACACUUAGGAAGGCCAGGCCUUAUUGGCUCAAUAGUUUAUAGCAGUAUUUGAUCCAACAUAUUUAUAGGCUGAGCCCUCUGUCUUCUCUUCUCUUUCCCUUUCUGCCCUUUUAGUGAGUUUGCCAGUCUGCUGGGAAUAGCACUGUAGCAUGGCCAGUGGCUGAAAAUUCUGUAGAUGGUGGUACAAAUCUUGCCCAAGCAAUAAUGCUCUUGGGAAGUUGCAGUUUAUUUCCACAGCCCCGUGUUUUCACCCGUUCAGGAAUGUGGAGCACAUCUGAUUUUAUUCCCUACUUUCCUUCUCUUUAAGCUUUGCUAGGGUCAAUCAUGGCAUACUGUCAUGAAACCUCAUUCCAUCCAAUGACUCACCUGUGAUCAUCCUCCCUCUUGUCUGUGCUCUGUGCAUCACAAAUGGGGGCCCUAUUUAUUUGCAGGACUGUGCCUGGAAGUCGUUCCCAGGCUUACUAUUCUGCUUGUGAAUUGGUGACAAGGUGUCUGCAUUCUCCACUGGCAACCCAUUCUUUACCCCAAAAUGCCGAUAAAAACCUGGAUCUUGAAAACCUGGAUAAUGUAAAAAACCUGUAUCUUGAAAGCUGAACAAAUUGUGCAAGAUAAGCAAAGGCCUGCAAGCCUACUGAAUUCCUUUAGCUGAUCCCAAAACAUGAAUUUGUGCUCCCUUGGUACAGACUCUGGAGCUUUGUGGCUCGGAAUACAAACAGUUGUGUUGAUCAAAGAAUUGGUUGUGCCCACCUGAAAUGUAAAGCAAACUGAUAUGGCUUGUUUGUAAGGAGGAUGGAGAGAAAAUGAAUGACUGAUUAGGGAGAGUGAUGUGAGUCUCUAUAGAAACUCAGUGCACAAGAGCUACAUUAAGCAAUCAAUAAAUGAAGUGCAAGUGGACCAAAUAUUUGCAUGUGAAAGUGAAGCGAGUGCCUCUGUGGGUGUUUGCAUUUGUAGCUCUUCAACUCUGUUCAUUACAGUAGAUCUUUCUUCCAUUGGAACUCUACAAACCACAGUAUUUUGAUCAGGCAGCAUUAUUAAGGCUCAUUCACCUCUUCUGUGCCAUAUGGGUAUCUAAAGCUUUAGCUCCCUCUCUCCACCAUUGUCUCCACUCCUUCUACCACCUGACAGGGACAUAGAAAACUAUAAACCAAAUCAGCUUAUUGGUCCAUCUAGCUCAGUAUCGUUUACGCUGACUGACAUUGGCUCUCCAGAGCUCCAGAUUUUGGGGUGCAUUCCCAGCCCCACCUGGAGAUGUGCUGGGAUUGAAUUUGGGACCUCCUGCACGCAGACCAGAUGCUCUACCACCGAGCUAUGGCCCUUGCACUUCAGAGGACUUGUUUGACUAGGCCUGCUUGCAUAUCAGGGAUAUGUAUUAGACUGGACCCCCCACGAUAGCUGCAUUUUGAGCUUUGCACAUGUGUUUUGGUAGCAUGCUGCAUCCCUUCCUGUUUCUGUUGCACGGAACCAGGGCAGGUUCCUCUUCUCUUCAGCUGACCCGUCUCUUACAUUUUUUCAAAGCACAACCAGGUGCCAAAGAUACCAAAGAUCUUGUGACAGACCCACCCAGGAAAGAUUCUGAGCAGGUAGCAGCCCUUUUUUUGCCUUUCUGUUUUCCAUUCCUGAGUACUCCUGUUCUGAUAAGCCUUCUCCUUUGAUGUUUGCCUCAUAAGAAUAUUUGCUCCCCAUUUCCAUUCUCCUGUGCUGCUUGUGGUUUGUUUCUUCAUCUUGCUGUGUUUGGGGUGCGUGAAAGACAAAGGUGAAACUCUCCCCCUGUUUCUUGCUCCCCCUGACCUCUGUGGUCAUUCCGGUUAGAUUAGAAACAUAGGAAGCUGCCCUUUAUCAGGUCAAGUCACCUAGCCCAGAAUUGUGACUGGCAAUGGUCCGCAGACAGAAGUAUUUCCUAUCAGCUGCUAACUGAUUCUUUAAAAAAAGGAAAAGAGGAGAUGCCAGGAUAGAGCUUGAAAUUUUCUGCAUGCAAAGCAUGUGAUGUACUCUAAGGUCCCUCUCAAUAAAAAGGCCUGGAGAGUCCAUUCUAACAGAGCUCCUACUUCUUGGUAUCUAGCCUCAGGUGUGAUGGUAUGGUUCUUUGUGGGUGUGUAAAUGAAGGAGGAGAGAUCAUUUGUAUGAGUCUGAUUCACAAAGCCAUUUUUAUCAGUUGCUACAAUGGAUGAAACACGAUGGUGUGAGAUGCCUCUUGGCUCAGCUAAUAACUGACUGAGCUUUCUUAUAUGUGACUGUUGUACAAUAUGCAAAAGUAUAUUGCUUGAUAACUGACUAGCAUCUCAGCCGGGUAUGUGAAUAUGCCUUCAACUUAUCACCAAGUUCAACCUGAAACUACUUGACAAUACUGGAAUGCAUGUUUGGUUGGAUGAUGAUUCCGCUCAUUUCAGCUGAGCUCACUUUCCGAGUAACUGGCUUAGAACUGCAACUCUGCAUCCCACCUAAAAGUGUGCAUAGCUACAGGGGUACACAGAGCGACUUAGGCUGUCAUAGGAGCCAGUCUUUGCUUAGUCUGGCCCACAGUAUUUGCAGCUCCUUAAAGCAGAGGUGGUGAACCUGUGACUUUUCUGAUGUCGCUGGACUCCAACUCCCAUCAGUCCCAGGCAGCAUAGUAAAAUUUGCAGGAUUGUACAUCAGAACUUGCGCCUAGUUUACUGCAUCUUUGCUACUUCCCUGGGUGGAAUCCAGUGUAGUGCUAAUGUCCUGUUAGCACAAGGAUUUCCACUUGCACAGUGGGAUUUCACCCCCUCUUCUACCUGUGUGCCCCCUGUUCUGGGGCUUCUCCUGACCCUCCACAGCAGUUUGGGGAGGGUGCGGGACAUGCAUGGGGAGAAGAGCGGGAAAGCUCCAUUGCACAAGUAGAAAUCCUAGUGCUGAUGGAACGAGGCAGUUGGAUACCGCCCCGGUAUGGGGCCACACCACCUCCAAAGAUCUGCGAUCAUGUGCUGUUCCUGCAGCCAUUCAAUAUCCCAUCCUUUACACCAGGUUAGCCAGGGGCGUGGUUCAUAGGAGUGAGACCAAGGGACCAAGACUACAUCAGUUCACUUCUUUCCUGUAAUUCUGCGGACAGUGAACUGUACUACUGUCUCCAAUCUGAGAGCAAUAAGGCAAAGUUCUCCAGUAUCCAGGUGGAGCUGGCCCUUUCCAGUUGUAUCUAAGGAAGACCUAGCAAGGCAGGCUUGGGGAACCUGUGGUCCGGCAACUCCCCCCCAAUCCCAGCCAGUACGGCUGAUGUUCAGAGAUGUGGGAAGCUGUAGUCCACUGACAUCUGGAAGAUCAUGGGUUAGGUCCCUCCUCUUAGCAAUGGCUGACUCCUAGCUGAAACAUUGCACAUCCCAGUUCUUUCAUACAGGUCUGGCAUAGAUCAGCUCUAAAGAUCAGCUCAUCAGUUUUGCCUUGCCUCUUGGGCACAUUCCAUGUCACCCAGCAAAACAAGGUGUGUUGGUUUCCAAAACACCUUGUGGGGUGGCUGCAGUAUUUUAGAUGGAUUUCUCAAAUUAGGGAUAUAUUUAAAGUGAGAUGCCACCCACACACCUUGCCAAACCAGAUGAUACUGGCUCUAGCCAAUGAAGAAUGGAGACCAAAUUGCUGGACAAUUAGGUUCAUUGCACGCCACAUCUAGGCAAUCUUUCCCCCCUCUGUAUUGCUGAAUGGUCCUUGCAUUAUACUAGCCUCAUCAUGACAAGCCACAGCUGGCCUAGCUAAGAUCCAGUUGAAGGUGCUACUUGAAACGGAGGGCAGCAAAUGUGGUGUUCUUUGCUAACAAGAGUUGUGAAGACGGGAUGAAUUUUGAAAUGGUGCAAUGAAGUAACAUUGUGAGGUGUGUCUUUUAAUGCACCCGGAAAAUCCUGCUAUUAAUAAAUGUUCUUCU